AUGUACAGAAGAACUCGAAAGAUAGUUGUCACUCAGCUUCAUGAUGAAUUGAAAUUGUUGCUAGUUCGAAUACUCUCGUCACUGUCUGCAUUCAGGAGAACAUUGCAUUUUCAAUAUUUCUCACUGUCUCGUUCUUCAAGCAGUUGCUAUUUACCAAUCCUGACAAUCCUAAUACCAAGAACUGUAUCUGGAAAACCGGAUAUUCAAUCACCUGCAUAUGUCGCCUCUGGUGAGAAGAAUGGCGACGUCGUGGUGGUUUGGACUGUCUUCGUCGCGAUCGUUGUACAGCUGCUGCCAUCGACAGAAUUGUUGUAG